UUUGGAGGUGUCACAGUCAUAUUCUCUGGCGACUUUUAUCAGUUUCCCCCAGUUGGAGGGACAGCCUUAUACACACCCAUCUCACUGUAUGCAGGCCAAAAUGAUGCUGAGAUACAUAAGAGGCUCAGCCAGCUGGCAUGGAAAUUGAUCAACACUGUAGUCAACUUAAUGGAACAGCAACACAUGAAAGAUGACCUGGAGUAUGGUGAGGCAGUGAACUGA